AUGUCUCAUCAAAACAUUACCACGCCACAUAGUGAGGCAAUUCAGGAAGGUCGAGUGGUGUACUUAGGAUGGAUUGGACGGGAUCAAUCUAAAGAAAGUGUUGUCGUGGUUGUUCAGGAUAAAGGGUUUCGGCAAUAUACUUUCUAUUGGCGAUUUUUUGAAGAUACUCGACCAGAAGAACAUAAUGGUUGGUGCCACAUCGAAUUCGCAGACCUAGAUUCUGCCAAAAGAGCAGCAAAUGUUUUAAACCACUUCGAACUUCACGGAAAAAUCUUAGUAGCAGGAGAACUUAAACAGUGUUUUACCUCGAAAGACGUGGCGACGAAACACAAGAACGCACUGGAAAAACACCGGACGGAUUAUAAAUGA